AUGUCUCAUUACGUCAAUUAUCCAGCUGAAAAGAUUACAAUCCUAACAACUUAUAAUGGGCAGAAAGCUUUAAUCAGGGAUGUUUUGAGCCAACGAUGUUCAUGGAAUCCUUUAUUUGGUCGCCCAGCUAAAGUUACAACAGUUGAUGAGUUUCAAGGACAACAAAAUGAUUAUAUCCUUUUAUCUCUGGUUCGUACGAAAACUGUCGGGCAUAUACGAGACGUUAGACGUCUUAUUGUGGCUAUGUCUCGUGCUAGAUUGG